AUGAGAUUAUUAAAAAGUCAUCCUUUAUUAAAAUUAGUUAACUCAUAUCUUAUUGACGCUUCACAACCUAGUAACAUAAGUUAUUUAUGAAACUUCGGUUCUUUAUUAGCAUGUUGUUUAAUUAUACAAAUUGUAACUGGUGUAACAUUGGCAAUGCACUAUAGUCCUAACGUAUUAGAAGCUUUUAACUCUAUAGAACAUAUUAUGCGUGAUGUGAAUAAUGGAUGAUUAGUACGUUACUUACACAGUAACACAGCUUCAGCUUUCUUCUUCUUAGUUUAUUUACAUAUAGGAAGAGGAAUGUAUUAUGGAUCUUAUAGAGCUCCUAGAACAUUAGUUUGAGCUAUCGGAACAGUAAUCCUUAUACUUAUGAUGGCUACUGCCUUCCUGGGUUAUGUUUUACCUUAUGGACAGAUGAGUUUAUGAGGUGCUACUGUUAUUACCAAUUUAAUAAGUGCAAUUCCAUGAAUUGGACAAGAUAUUGUUGAGUUCAUUUGAGGAGGUUUUAGUGUAAACAAUGCUACUUUAAAUAGAUUCUUUGCUUUACAUUUUGUUUUACCAUUUAUUUUAGCAGCAUUAGUAUUAAUGCAUCUGAUUGCACUUCAUGAUACAGCAGGGUCAAGUAACCCUUUAGGUGUUUCAGGUAAUUACGAUAGAAUAACAUUUGCUCCUUAUUAUUUAUUUAAAGAUUUAAUAACUAUUUUUAUCUUUAUAUAUGUUUUAAGUUCAUUUGUUUUCUUUAUGCCCAAUGUUUUAGGUGAUAGUGAAAAUUAUAUAAUGGCCAACCCUAUGCAAACUCCACCUGCUAUUGUGCCAGAAUGAUAUUUAUUACCUUUCUACGCUAUAUUAAGAUCUAUACCUAAUAAAUUAUUAGGAGUUAUUGCUAUGUUUAGUGCAAUAUUAGCUAUAAUGUUAUUACCUAUAACAGAUUUAGGUAGAUCAAAAGGUUUACAAUUUAGACCUUUAAGUAAAUUCGCUUUCUGAGCUUUUGUAGUAAAUUUCUUAAUUUUAAUGAAAUUAGGUGCUUGUCAUGUAGAAUCACCUUUUAUUGAAUUAGGUCAAUUUAGUACAAUCUUUUAUUUCAGUUACUUUAUAUUUAUAGUACCUGUGCUUAGUUUAAUUGAGAAUACUCUUGUAGAUCUCAACUACUUGAAAUAA